AAUAUUACAUAAACGUAAGUCGUUUAGACUUUAUAGUUAUAACUUAGCAACUAAAAGAAUUUGUCCUUUUGUAACCUCAGAAAAAUUAUUGCAUCAUAAAAUAAGACAAAUUCCGUUUAUUAUACUACCAUAACGUACAUUUCUAUCGCGAUUAUUCGGAAAAAAGCUACGUAUCUAAUUGUUAUGAAAUUUUGAUCUGCAAACGUCAGUAUCGCGAGAAUAAGAUUCUCUAAAUAAAAUGGAACGCGUUCAGUGAUUUUUGUUUCGCAUUAGUCGCAUCAAAUCCGUUAUAAAUUUCAAUUAUUUUAACUAUGAUAACGAAAGGUGCAAGAAACGUGCGCUAUUUAUAAGUAAAAAAGAAAGAAAACGUAUUAGAGAGGCAGUACCGCGCACACGCAUAUAUGUGACGCACGUGUUGCGUCAGAUCGCACUGUCAUUCAUGCAAUCUCGAACCCACGUGAUCCCUCGCGGUGUCGGCGAUCUUGGUUAGGUCUUUAAACAACCCGAUGAGCGUGACGUCCGUCCAAGUCGCCGCCGCGGAUCGAUAGCAUGUUUUUUUCAAGGGAUCUGAGACGCCGCUUUUGAGAGAUGUUAUCCGUCCUCCGAAAUUCUCGCCGUCUGUCAACAGCGGGUCGAAUCGUAGAGCGAUCCGGCAGGCUCUACCCUAACCUGUCGUUGCCCAUACGCUGUAAAUCAGAAAACGUGAUUGUCACUAUCGCCGAUGUGUCGAAAGAAGUGAGGCCAGCAAACAAUCCGGAAUACGUUCCAAGGAAAUAUUUGUUAAAUACUAACUCUCAGGAGACACUGAGGCACUUAAAAUGGAUGCUGCAGAAGGACGUCCUGCGACAGGACAUGUUUCUGAUGGGCGGACCGGGUACGCGAAGGCGCGAGCUCGCGUUUACCUUCUUGGAGUUGACAGGACGAGAGUUGGAGUUUAUCGCGCUUACCCGCGACACGACAGAAGCGGAUUUGAAGCAGAGGCGAGAGAUCAAAAGCGGUACCGCGUACUAUCACGAUCAGAGCGCGGUGAGGGCUGCGACCAACGGGCGGGUUCUUCUAAUUGAGGGUGUCGAGAAAGCCGAGCGAAAUGUGCUACCCGUAUUGAACAAUUUAUUAGAGAAUCGCGAGAUGCAUUUAGAGGAUGGUAGAUUCCUUAUUCCGGCGUCUCGUUACGACAAAUUGCUGAAGAUGUAUACUCAGGCUGAGUUAGACAAGUGGCGUCUCGUGCGAGUUAGCGAAGAUUUUAUAGUAAUAGCACUUGGUUUACCAUCACCGCGAUACCCUGGUCAUCCGUUAGAUCCCCCUCUUAGAUCUAGAUUCCAGGCGCGUCACAUUCCGCCACCGACGUUCGAGGAACAAUUCGAGGUCUUGAGAAAAUUAGCACCGAACGUAAACACUGGGAAACUGUCGCAAUUGUUAUCGUGUGCUCACGCAUUAGUUACCCAAGAAGCCGUCACCAUAGGCUUGCCAGAUUUUCCUUUGGACAAUUUGUCAUCGGCCGCUUUAAUCAUGGAGAAAAGCCCGGACUUGUCGGUGUACGACGUUUUCUAUAGGUUUUAUCCGUACAAACUAUUUUUGGGUAAAGAAGGCCAGAAUGCCGUCGAGGAUAUCCUUGGAACAUUUAGCGUUUUGAACGAUUCCAAAACGAAACGUGUCGCUACUAGUAAAGUAGACAGUAUCGAGAAAGCCGGCGAUCUCUUGGAGAUCAGCAUAAAACGCGAUAACACGAAAACAAGUUUUCACGUUCCCUGCGGCACGGGCCAAUUAUCUAGUAGCGCGAACAAUGAUCACUAUAUAGAAACUAAUUAUCAGAAUAGCUUGUUGGCGGGCAUGCUGGAAUCCCAUUUGACUUCCGAUUUCUGUUUAAUCGGACCAAAAGGCUGCGGCAAGUCCACCACCGUCCAACGGCUCGCUGAUUUAUUAGGGUAUCAGGUGGAGCCAAUAGUACUUUAUCAGGAUAUGACUUCCAGAGACCUGAUACAACAACGGACCACGUCGCCUAACGGCGACACGGUCUGGAGAGACUCGCCGUUGGUCGACGCGGCCCUGCACGGAAAGCUGGCCGUGUUGGACGGCAUUAACAGAAUACAUUCCAGUACCUUGGCUAUACUGCACAGAUUAGUCCACGAUCGGGAGCUGCAGUUGCACGACGGAAAGCGGCUUAUACGAGCCGAUCGUUACGACGAAAUAAAGAAAGAGUACAACAGAACCGACGACGAGAUGCGCGAUCGCGGUGUUCUGCGAAUUCAUCCCGCCUUUAGACUGAUAGCUUUAGCCGAGCCGCCGAUUGUCAACAGCUCGUCCGGUCAGUGGUUGAAUUCUGAGCUGCUUAGUUUGUUCCUCUUCCAUGAGAUGAGACCGCUCGAUAAGCGCGAGGAACUUCAUAUUAUUCGAUCGAAGUUUGGUGAACCCAGCCAGAUGUUGCUAAGUAUCGUAGAAUUAGCGCAUGUCCUACGUUCGUCUAACGAUCCGACCUUGUUGUCGCUCGCCGGGUCGCUCAGCACCCGGCAGCUUCUGCGAAUCGCGGAGCGAAUGCACCGAUUUCAAAGCGACGACGCUUACAACGCGGUGCAACGCGCGUGUCUGGCGCGCUUUCUGCCGGCGAUCGCAAAGGAGGCUCUCGAGGACUCCUGCCGUCGCCUCGGGAUCGUCGCGCCGGAGUCCCCGACGGAGUCGCGGAUCGAGUGCUCGGUCACGGAGGACACCGUGAAGAUCGGCGACACCGUCGUGAAUCGUUAUCGCACCACGGCGCACAGUAAAGUACCUGACAUCCUGUUCUACGACGUGCCGGAACACGUUGCGCUCUUGGAGCGGCUGCUGCAGGACUUCAGUCUGGGACAACAUCUUCUGCUGGUUGGUAAUCAGGGCGUCGGUAAGAACAAGGUCGUGGACCGGCUGCUGCAGCUGCUGAACAGGCCACGUGAGUACAUUCAAUUGCAUCGCGACACAACCGUGCAAACUUUGACCCUGCAGCCGAUGGUCAGGGACGGCAAAGUCGUUUACGAGGACUCGCCGCUCGUGCAGGCCGUCAAACUGGGCCAUGUCCUCGUUGUCGACGAGGCGGACAAAGCGCCCACACAUGUGACGUGUAUAUUGAAAAUCCUGGUGGAAUCGGGUGAAAUGAUUCUGUCGGACGGGAGACGAAUUGUUCCCCGUGUCAGCGGCAACGCCGGCAACGCAAACAGCAUACCUAUGCAUCCGGACUUCAGGAUGAUCGUAUUAGGAAACAGACCGGGUUUCCCGUUUUUGGGCAACGACUUUUUCGGCGCUCUAGGAGAUCUAUUUAGCACGCAUUCCGUCGAUAAUCCGAGUACACGAAGUGAGAUUCAGCUCUUGAAGCAAUACGGUCCGCACAUAGAUGAGCGGACAAUACAUAAAUUAGUGAAAGCUUUCGGUGAGCUGAGAAACAUGGCCGAUCAGGGCUUAGUUUCAUAUCCUUACUCAACUCGAGAAGUUGUCAAUAUAGUUAAACAUCUAGAGAAAUUUCCAAACGAACCAUUAGGCACUGUGGUCCGCAAUGUCUUCGAUUUUGAUCGAUAUAGCCAGGAAAUAUUCGACACUUUGGUAACCGUACUUCAUAAGCACGGAAUUCCUGUUGGAACAAGUCCAACCAAUGUCGCCUUAGCUAAGGAAAUACCUUUGCCUGAGAUGAAGAUCUGUGGUAGUUGGAACGUUCUGAACACGUUCUAUAAUAUGCCCGUUCAGGAAAGAUACGUUAAGUUGAAACCGCCAACAUUUCCGGCGCAAUACGAUCGAACUCUAGACCGAGUUGAGGCUAGAUCUGCCUGGUUCACGGAACUGCAGAGUUACUGGACAAUACCCAUUAGCGAAAACAGCACGGUGACCGCUUUGGCGAUUGCGAAUGGAAGUAAAGGGGAUGGCACGGAUGACAGGAUACACGUUCUUACGUCGAAUCCUCUGAGUAUAUUUAGCAUGACGCCGGAAUCCGAGCAGAUUCGCGAAACGUCGCUGCAAGGCCUGAUCAGACCCGUUAGAAGUAACAUGCCGUUCUAUAACGUCGCGGUCGACAAUCUCGGAGAUGUUUUAGUUCACGAGGAAACUAGCAAUUCUGUACUUAUGGUAAACGUAAACGAGGGUUCGGUUCGAGAACUGCAAUUUUCGUCCUUUCUGGAUGUCGCCAGCGACAGAAUAUCAAACGUCUUCGGGAACAAGUAUUUUCAGUGGAAGAUGAAGGCGGAUUUACUCUCAUCGCACAAUUUGAUCGUCUUAUACGCACAGGACCACGAUAAAAUCGAAGUUAUCAAUUUGCAGAGCAUGUAUGCUUACUCGAUGAGUUUGCCGUGCAAUAUCGAAUCAGUCGUACUCGCGUCCGACAAGAAAUGGUUAAUUCAGGACGCAUCGAAGAACAAGUACAUUCUUGCGAAAUCAUUGGAUUCUGAUCCGUGUCCAAACGUGUUACGCGAGUUGGAUGAGUCUAAUAGCGUCGAUCUGAAAACCGGCAGUGUCUUGAAUUGUGGCAGAAGCAGUCUGCACACAACGGAGCUUAGCAAAGCUCUUGAACAGAAAAUAGACUGUCCGAAUAGACUCUUAGUGACCGAUAACACGUACGCCGGUAUAGCGACGGGUUUCCCCGAUUUAGACAGUUCUAACGAGCUGCACUUCUGGCCGAGGAGGAGAAGAACGCGCAGCUUCAUAACGCCCAUCGUUACGCAGAAUGGCCAGGUGAUCCGAACGAUCUCGCCCGGUCAAGUACCCGACGAGGUUUAUCCGAAGGAUAUGAAACACACGGGCAUUUCUGGUUACUUGGAGAUAGUCGACACGGUAAACCACAAGCUGCGAUAUGUACCUAUUCCGGAACCGGUUAAUGUCUCGCCAUUGACACAGUGGCUGUAUGCGAAGGACCUUCCGCUUUAUGCGUCACUUACGUCGAACGAAGGUCUCGUCACAAUAGACGCCGGUGGCUGCGUCCGUUUAUGGGAGACAUCAAUCACGAAUAUAGAAAAGUCGUUAGGUGCGUGGCGUAAAAUGAUAGGCGCCGGCGAGGAGAAGAUGCAGAUCACUAAAGAGAGGUAUUCGGGGCAGGAUGUUAGCGGACCGAAACACGGCAAGGUCGAUAAGAGUAACGAACCACACGUGGGCGGUAACACUUGGGCCGGAGGAACCGGAGGCAGAGAUACAGCAGGUUUGGGUGGAAAGGGAGGGCCAUAUCGGCUGGACGCUGGACACACAGUGCAUCAACUCAGUGACGAGGAGAAGAAUGCGGUUCCGGAACAUAUAAAGAAAGCCGCUCGCGAGAUGGGCCUUCGCGCGUUCAAGCAGCGGCUCAAGGACAUAAAAAUGAGCGAAUACGAUCACAAACUGUACACUCAGUUUAGCGACGCGGUUCACAAUCAAGUACAGGCCUUGAGAGUCAUAUUAGGUUCGCUUCAGGCAAAGAGCAACGAGCGACAAUGGUGCAGGCAUCAGACGUCGGGCGAGCUAGACGAUACCAAGUUAAUCGAAGGAUUAACAGGCGAGAAAACGAUUUACCGGCGCAGGGCGGAAAAAGAACCGGAGAUUGGCGCCCCGCAAUUGAAGCCGAAGCGAUUGAAACUCAUCGUGGACGUGUCCGGUAGCAUGUACAGAUUCAAUGGUUACGAUGGCCGACUAGAUCGCGAAUUGGAGGCCUGUGUCAUGGUAAUGGAGGCUUUCAGUGGUUACGAGGGUAAAUUUCAAUACGACAUCGUCGGUCAUUCCGGCGAUGAUUACCGUAUUGUUUUCGUCGAUCGUACGCAACCGCCGACGGAUAAUAAACGACGACUGGAGGUGAUUAAGACAAUGCACGCUCACUCGCAAUUUUGCAUGUCCGGUGAUAAUACACUGGAGGCGACGCAGCACGCAAUUGCGAGUCUGGCGAAAGAGGAUUCCGACGAAUCCAUCGUAGUUGUUCUCUCGGAUGCGAAUCUGGAUCGUUACGGGAUCUCGCCCAAACGAUUUGCGAAAUUAUUAAUGUCUAACGCGGACGUGAAUGCCUACGCGAUUUUUAUUGGAUCGUUGGGUGAUCAAGCAACUAGAUUGACGAAAGAGAUGCCUUCUGGUCGCGCGUUCGUGUGCAUGGAUCUUAAGAAUAUACCACGAAUUUUACAGCGGAUAUUUGCCGCUUCUGUUUUAAGUACGACGCGAUCAACUUAACAUUAAUAACGGUUAGUGGAAUUAAAACUUUGCAUAGACAAAUGAGCGCGCCUUGUCGCUUAUAAUUAACAAAAUAAUUAUUUAAUACAUUUUCUUUAAAUAUAGAAUUUUAUGUAGUACAAUUACAUUUAUAGGUAUAACUACUGUAAAUUUCUGUAAAUAAAAAUUUUCAGACGUCUUUUAAAAAUCUUGUAAUAUAUGAAAGAAGUUUUAAUAUGAAAUCAUCG